AGAGCGCAAAGAGAGAGAGAGAGAUCGAUCGAGGCCUGGUCCCUCGUAGCAGCGGUGGCGGAGAAGGGAAAAGUUUGGUCAAAGUAUCUCGGCGGAGGCGGUGGGAAGUCAAACUUCGUGUCGAGUUCUUCCUAGGUGAGCGAGGGAGGUUUUCGGAGCACCGGCGCCCUUUUGGGACUUGGAAACUCUGGUUGAGAGGAAGAGAAGGAAGGACGAUGGGGGAGUAGAAAUAAACGAAAAGGAGUCACCAGCGGGGAACUCAGAAACAAGGAAGGUGGUUUCGGCGUUGGUGGAGCAACGUACAAGUCUCUGCUACUUAACUGAGCGUCUGUCAGAAACAAAACCCAACCAAAGACACGGAGCUGCGUUGAUCUGGACGCCGGCCGGAGAAAGUUUACUCAAUUUAUUCCCACUACCAGUCUCCCGCCUUUACUGUACCUGGAGGAAAUAAGGUCUCUUUCCUUCCGGCCGUGUGUGUGUGUGUGGGGUGAGGGGUUCGAGACUGGAAUGAGCUGGGACAGUCUCUAGGGCGCUCACCUGUAGCACGUAGGGUGGGGUGGAGGAAAACACAGUCACGUUCAUAAACAAGGAGCAACUCUAAAGGGAAAGGGAGCAAUUCAAAAAAAAAGACGAAACUCCAUUGAUUUUAAGUGGAAAAUUGCACAUUUGGUGUAUUUUCUGGAAGCAAAUGUGGGAGUCGUGAUGGAAAUCCACUGAGGGCUUCAUUUUCACCUUUAUUCCAAAGAAACAAGAUACGCUGUUUGCGCUUCUUACACCUGUCUCCCCGUGGCUGGAGAUGGUGACUAUGCGGAGGACAUAAUUGUUAAUCAGGGAGCAGCCCGGGGCCAGCACUAGUCUUGUGUCUAUCUCUCGCGCUCAGGUGUGCUGCUGCUGCUGCUCGUGCGGACCGCCUCACCUGUGCUCACCUGCACCUCGCGGGCCGCCUCAGCCUCCUCCCCUUCCCGCCACCCGCACCAUCAUGAAGGUGACAGUACAGUUCGGCCGCACCGGGAUUGUCGUCCCCUGUGGAGACGGGACACUGACCGUCCAGCAACUCAUCCGCCAGGCCGUGCAGAGGUAUUGCAAAAACACCGCCAAGGAUGCUGGAUACUCAAUAAAAAUCCACCAUUUGGAGUAUAUGGAUGGAGGAAUACUGGACCCAGAUGAUGUACUGAUUGAUGUCGUGGAAGAUAAGGAUAAGCUUGUGGCAGUGUAUGAAGAGCAAGAGAUGCACCGUGUAGAUGAAGUGGCCAAUGGCAGCCUGAUGGACAGGCAGAGCCCUGACACCUUCGAGAGUGAGCUGGCAGCUCAACUUGCAGCUUUUCAGCCCAUCACAGGGGAAAUUGAAGUCACACCCUCUGCACUGAAAGGCAGCACACCACUCAUGGUACGAAGAAGCAGUGAUCCAGCAUUGGCCCCACCUACUGUGUUCCAAACAGGUGCUUCUCAAUCUGAUGAACCCCUUAACAGGAAUCUGAACGUGAAGCCUGUCAUAGUGGGAGCGAACUGGGCACCAACAGAUGAUGUAAGAAUAGAUCACUUAGGACUGACAGACAAGCAUUUAAAACAUGCUUACAGUGAUUUGACAAAGAAGGUGGAGUUUUCUGGAGACGGUGGCCCUCUGGGAAUCCAUGUAGUACCCUUCAACUCUACACUGAGUGGAAGAUUCCUUGGUCUGUGUAUCCGUGGUAUUGAAGAGAACAGCCGAUCAAAAAGAGAACGCUUACUCCAAGAGAAUGAGUGCAUCAUCAAAAUUAACGACAACAAUUUAAUGGACAGAACAUUUGCUCAAGCACAAGAGGUUUUUCGUAAUGCCAUGCAGCUGCCUACUGUCCAGCUCCAGAUAAUUCCAAGUUAUAACAGGGAUCGCUAUGAAAAGUCUGUAAUUGGACCCCUCACUGCUCACAGCCAUGAAGACGAUUCCAAAGCCAUGGUUCCACCUCUGUUGCGGUCAAAGCCCUCCAGCAAACCAACAGACUUGGUUUAUCCCAGUAGCCCAGAGAGCAACUCACCCUUGAUUUCAACACAGAUCAGCAGCCCCAAGCACUCGAGGAGUAACAGUCACUCAAUAGUGUCAAAGAAAACAUCUUCGCCAACACCCUUUGGGGGAGUUGCGACCAAGAAACAAGGAAAAAAGAUCAAAAUUGAUUUGAGAAAAGGUCCGGAAGGUCUUGGUUUCACAGUAGUUACCAGAGAGUCAUCUGUCCAUGGACCCGGUCCCAUAUUGGUGAAAAAUAUUCUGCAAAGAGGAGCAGCAGUAAAAGAUGGCAGACUGCAGUCAGGAGACAGAAUUCUGGAGGUGAAUGGCAUUGACAUAACUGGGAAGUCACAGGAGGAGCUAGUUGCAAUGCUGCGUAGCACAAAGCAUGGAGAAACGGUCGCUCUUGUGGUUGCUCGCCAAGAUGAUGUCUUUGUGCCUCGUGAAUUGAAGGGGGAGCAGAACUGUAAUCUACCAGGAGAUGAUAAAAAGGAAUACCUGACCUAUGAGAUUCCCCUCAAUGACUCAGGAUCUGCUGGACUGGGCAUCAGUCUAAAAGGAAAUAAGUCCAAAGACACUGGGGCUGACCUUGGCAUAUUCAUCAAGGCUAUUCUUCAUGGAGGGGCAGCUUUCAAGGAUGGGCGUCUACAGGUGAAUGAUCAGCUGAUCGCAGUGAAUGGUGAACAGCUGCUGGAGAAAUCUAACCAUGAGGCCUUGGAAACAUUACGGCGAUCCAUGUCAAUGGAGGGAAACAUCCGAGGAAUGAUUCAGGUGAUGGUGGCCAGGAGAAUGGAUAGACAUCAAGAGGAUCGUCUGGAAGUAGGUGGUGUGCAGGCACACAACACUCGCAGCAGUAAUGGUACUAGCCAGUGGCAUACCCAGUCCUCCAGUGCCAGAGAGAGAGCAACAAUAGCAAAUGAUGAGGGAGAGGUUGAAAUUCCACCUCUGCUUCCACCACAUCCUGAUGAAGAAGAGGCCAUGGGAGUAUACAAAAUGUGGUCUUUGCGCGAAGAUAAGAGUUCUGACCAGAAUUCUGCUUCACAAUCGCUGCACCAAAGACCGACGGCUGGAGUUGCAGACUAUCAGGCCAACAAUACUGUGCAGCGGCAGUCUCCUGGCAAAAUCAGCGGUUCCAAGAGCAUGGAUUUGGUGGCGGAUGAAGGCAACGUUGGAUCUCUAGCAGUGCUUCAAUCCGCUUCCAUCGGGAAUGAUGUGGGCCCCAUGCUGGGUUUGAAGAAGUCUAGCUCUCUGGAGAGUUUGCAAACAGCUGUUGCUGAGGUCCGGAAGAACGAACUCCCCUUCCACAGACCCCGACCUCACAUGGUCCGCGGUCGUGGUUGCAAUGAGAGUUUCAGGGCUGCAAUUGACAAGUCCUACGAUGGACCAGAAAUCCCUGAUGAUGAUUCUGAAGAAAGUUCCCAGUCAGGCCACGAGACCCCAGGCAGUGAGUCUGCGUUACAGGGGAACACAGAACAUGAGGAUGUGGAGAACUCAGAUGGCAAGACAAAGAAAGAGAAAAAGAAGAAAGAGAAGAAAAAGAAGGUGAAAACAAAAGGAAAGAAUAAAGAUAAAGAGAAGAAGAAGGAGAAUGAUAACCAAGAAAAGAAAGCCAAGAAGAAAGGCUUUGGAGCAAUGCUCAGGUUUGGUAAAAAGAAGGAAGAGAAAGGGAAGGAGCAAAAGUCUAAGCAGAAGACUGAUGGCCUGAACGAGGAGGAACUGGAGAGAAUGAAAGGAGAGCGUGACAGGAUUGAAGCCAAGCACCAGGAAUUGAGAGAGAAGCAGGCAAGAGAGCGGUAUGAUCAGCUGCCCUCCACCGGUCCCUCGGUGCCUGACAUCGAAGAUGAUGAUAUGGACCCCAACUACGCAAAAGUGAACCACUUUCGGGAACCACCGCCACCCAGAAGUUUAUUCAAGGCCCCAUCCCCACAGCUGCACCCGAUAAAUCCAGCUUGGGACGUGACUACAGAGCAGGAGAACCUGGAUGGAUUGUACGCCAAGGUCAACAAGCAGCAGCCUCCUGUUCCUGACAGUGCAAGACCCACGAACGUUGAGCGAAUUCACCAACUGAGGAAGGAGUACCAGCAGGCCAGACGGGAGGGUGCCAUUCCAUCUUACGAAGAACACGAAGGCCGGCGCUGGCCUAGUGACUAUGAGCCAGGCUGGAUACAGGGUCCUGCAAAAGGACCAAAUGGUCGAUCCCAAUAUGAAGAGCUGGAACAUCAUCAGUACACUACACUACCAAGGCAUGUUCCUGGAGAGCCAGAUGAUUAUCAUCUUCGAGGCCCCUAUGGUGACCGAGAGCCACACAGGUACCUGGGAGCCCAGCAUCACGCUGCAGGAUAUCGACAUCUAGGGAAUUAUCCCAGGAACGCUGCCAAUAGCCGGUUGGACCCCAGGAUCCCAGACUACUUGAGCAGUGCCAGACUACGGGAGGCUGUGUACAAUCUCCCAACCCAGUACAAGGGACCCCACAGGCAUGAUGUGCCUCCAUCCCCGACGCAAACUUUUAAAAUGCCUCGCCAUCAUGACCAAGGCAAGACAACAUACAGGGAGAGCAGCCCAGACGGAUACAGGUACCCCUAUGAGGAUGGUCGGUAUCAAGAUCCCAGGCAAAAGAAUGGCAUGACAGCAGCUGUCUAGCCAAGAGUUGGUACAAAGACAUUGUGUAACAGCACAAAGGGAGUGCAUGAACAGAUGUGGUUUUCCACUACUGGUCUUCAACCCUAUCUCGCAGAGGAGAUAAAUCUGCUUUACUGUAUUCUCCACCUGAAUUCAACUAAGUUUUAUUCUCAUAUGAUUUAUGAAAGAAUGGCCCUUCCCUCCAGUCAGAUCACUCUGAUCGUUUUGCAUCGCUUGAUGAAUAAUUAUGUGUUGGUAAUCAAGUUUGCUGAUAGAUCAUUCAGCUACCUUUAUUGUGAUCAGGUUUACAGAUAACGCCCACAAGGAAAGUUGACUGAGCCUGCACUGAGGGAGCAUUUUCCCCAGUAAGGAGCCACAGAUCUUUUCCUGGUAAACCUGCAGUAAAGAUAACAUUACUUGUUAAUCCUCUUUGCGAAUUUUAUCGUGUAGUCAGAACAGUGACUCAACAAGGGAAUUGAGGUCCCGAGUAUUAAAUUUAAUAAAGCACAACUUUAUAAAGGAAUAAAGUUUUCCAGGGUAGGAAUUUUAAUUGCAAGCUUCACAUGCAUUUAUAAACCAGCAAAGGGGUAUAAUCGGAACCCUUGAUUCAAUCAUCAGCAAUGCAUCCAUUCCUACCUAUUCUUAAUGUAAUUGUAUUGUGAAUGUUUAUAAAUGAUAGUGAAGCUCUGAGUGCCAAAUUGAGGCUGACAAGACCUACAGAAUGAAGAACUUUCCAGAACCAUCAUGGUACAGGCUCUACCACCAUGAUGAUUAUCUUACCUCUGUUUCCUAAGGUAUAAGCCAGCACAAACCAUGACAAAUGCACUAAGCAUUACUGAGCAGCAUAGUCAGUGUGAUGAUUGGGAAAUGCUUAUUGUUAAUCCAGCUAUAUUACAGCAGCACGUACCAUUAUAGUAUAAUUUCACAAGAAAGCAGUUUCCAUUUAUUGGUAACACCAUGAGUUUAAAGUCCUUCUUGUGUCUCUUCCACAUGACAUCAUUCCCCAUUCUAUUCAGCCUCAGCUGUUCUAUUAUCUCUCCAUGGACCAGCAAUAAUUUCCCUUUUAAUAUGUCAAAACUCUUCCAAUAUCUGGUUAUUAGCAAGAUAUAAUUUGUGAUUUCAGAUCAAAAAGCUAGUCUCCAAGCCUGCUCUCGACUUGCUAAGAGAUGUCAUUUAGUGUGUUUCAGAGAAUUAUCAGCCUCCUGUCACCAUCUAAUGAUGUCAUAAAGCUGGCUUAAAAUAUAUAAGAAGACUAUAAAUGUCAGUUUAAGAGGGCUUUUGUAAUUAAAUUUAAUUAAAAAUGGGUUUUCAUCAGUAAUUAAAUAGAAAAUGUGUUUCCCUGUCUUAAUAAGCAUUCUGUGCUCACGAGAGAAAGUAAAUGAACUCCCAGAUCUCCAUGUAAUUUCAGUUGGUGUCAAGUUGGGUAACAUUAAGAUCUGGUGGCAUCAUUGUUUAAUGGCUUAAGUGAGCUUUAUGCAGUGUUACUGAGACUUACAAAUUCAGAAGAUCCCACCAGUAUAUGCUGAGUGAGCUGACCUCAGUUUGAGUUGUUCCAGAUUAUGUCUGGAUAUGUGGGAUUGGGAGUGAUGAGGGGGCUAAACAGGGAUCAGCCAAACAUCCUGCUACUGGAAGGUUACCCAGCUGUCCUCUGCUCCCUUUCACUCUCUCAGUCCAGUGCCAUGAUUGAUUUGGGUAGAACAGAUUUGAUUAAGGCUCUCCCUCCCUAUACCAAUCAUCCCUCCCCUGGCCCCAUGGUCAAUAGUGCUCCAUCAUUCACAGUAUAGCCACUGAGGCAGGUUGAAAGGUGCCUGUGGCAAACGUACCAGGCAGAAAAAGGGAAGGAGGAGAAUGCUUUCCAACCUACUCCUUCUGCAGUUGAUGACUGCUGUCAGUAAUUUUCAAAGAAUCCACUUGAGAAUUUAUUCCCACUGGCCCAUUGCACAGGUUUCCAUGACAGUUUUACAAGCCUUUGAAUCUUACACCAAUGGAACAAUUUACACCAUGAGAAGCUUUCACUGUAUGAUUGGAUAUUGUUUUAUGAUGAGCCAGGCAGCCCUGAUUAACUAGGAAUCCAUUGCUCAUGGUUACAAAAUUCUGCAAUGUCUGUGAGGUGAUUUUCCACAGUGAGAUCAUGAGUUAAACUGCAUCAAAAGAGAGAGAAGGUUGUAAUCAGUGUGGCUACUUUGAAUGGAGUUCACAUAUGUACAUUAGCUUGUGACAUUGUCGUAUUUAGGAGUAAGCCUCUCAAGCUUGUUUCACCUGUGUUAAUGGCCAUAAACUUUAUUCAACAUCACUUGACUCAUGUUUACUAUAACUGUCUUAUCUUAAUCUUAAAUGUUGACAUCAAUCUCCACUUCAGUCACUGAAUACAGUUUAAAAAAAAAUCCAAAUGCAUGGGACAAAGACUGAACCCCAGUGCCUCAUGUGUCGAAAGCACAUACCCGACCAUUUUGGGUAUCCAUAUCCUCACGCUUGGUGACCCAAGGCUAUGAGACCCGAUCUGAAGGACAAGCUAAGACCUUGGUUACAUUGCCAGAUGCAAGUGAUGCCACAUGCAGCUGCUCACUUUUCCCUUUCUAAGCCACUAGUAUUUUUGAAGCUCUGCAGGUUUUGAAAGUUUGGCCAUGACUUUGUUGCCUAUGUGACAACUUGGUGCUGGAACACCCAGUUGAAGCAUCUGGCCAAGUUCUCCUCAGUUGAGUGUUCAAAAUUAAAGUGCUGAAGAUAAUUGCAGAGAAUAACAGACAGUCAAGAGCAAGCAAUAGGCUGCACACUUUAUCAAGGGGUUAAAAUGUGUUCUGCAUUGAAGGAUUGACUUUUUUACAGUGUUUACCAGUAAUUGUUGAAUCUAUGUACUCAAAAGUUUUGAACGAAGGGUUCUGCCCAGAAUAUCAACCUAACAUUUCUUCCUACAGACGUUGAGUGCCUGCCAUUCUUGUUAAAGUUAAGGUGAAGAAUGAUGGAUAAGCCUGAGUAAUUGCAAAUCUAACAGUUUCAUUUGAUAGUUUAAAAAAUGUAUAUAAUCCGAGAUACCUCUCAGUGUAACCAUUGCUAAUCAUUUUUAUAUCACUUCUGGGUAUCCAUUGUUUGUCAUUUUAUUAAAGGAUUGGAAACAGCUACUGAACCAUGAUAAUGGUGCCUGAGCACCUACUGAAAUUCUGUACUGGAACUUGCAGAUAACAAUUAAAACGUUAACAACAACAGUAAGAAGUACUGGAGUGUUUCAGCAACACAACCAGAGAUGGAAUGGGAUGACAGAUCAUCUUCCUUUACUCAGAAUUGACUUUGAGAGUAUUUCUCCAAGCUUUUGAGUGCUUCUACU